AUGGCCAACCAUAUGACCACGCAAGUGGAGGACGCCUCGGGUCUGAGUUUCAAAAUCGUGGAUGAGGACAGCGUGCAGAGGUUCAUAAAAAGUGCAGCCUACAACGAGUUGAUCGACUUCAUUACACAAUUAAACAACUCCGUUGUAGCUGUGGAGAUGCAUCCCCUGGAACACUUCUACGCAGCAGGAGACAGAGGUGAAGGAGUAGCUACACCCAGUGACAAAGUUGAAAACGUGUUAAUAAUUUCACGCAACGUACAAAAUGUACUUACUCUUAUAAAGAGCAUGAACAAGUAUAUAGAAUUAUGUCCCCCGAUAAAACAACCGACUCGAUUUGGAAAUAAGGGCUUCCAGCAUUUCUGUGAUGAGUACUACAAAGAGGUUGAUAAUAAAUUACCACACAUUUUAAGCGAGUCAGGAUUAGACAAUGUGUCUGAACAUACGUUGCAGUUGGGUCAUUAUUUAAAAAACUCAAUUGGGAACAGAAAGAGAAUUGAUUAUGGGACUGGGCACGAGUUGAAUUUUUUGCUCUUUCUCUUUUGCCUGAACAAGCUGCAUUUUUUUGGCCCUCCCGAUUAUAAGCACCUCGUCCUCGUUCUGUAUCGCCAGUACCUCGAGUGCGUGAGGAGAAUCCAAAUCACCUACACCGUGGAGCCUGCAGGGAGCAGGGGCGCCUGGGGGCUCGACGAUUUUCAAUUUUUAGUGUUUCUGUUUGGCGCUGCACAGUUAUCCUACAACACCCACAUAAAGACGGACGAUGUAAGAAGGGGGGGAGGAAUGUAUUCCGCAACGUGGGAGACCCUUUUUCCAUGGUGUGAGCUUUUGUUCGUCUCGUUGUAUGUACCGACUAGCCAAUUGGCACGUGUUGUAGCUGCACGGGUAUGUACGGAGAAAAUUUGCUCUGGGCUGCUGAAGAUGUACCAAGCGGAGAUAAUUCAGAAGCGCCAAAUCCUGCAACACAUUUUGUUUGGCAAACUGAUUGACUUUUGA